ACAGUUUAUCUACUUCAGGGUCUUAAAAAACAGAAGUCCCAGGGAGCGCUACAGGGAAGACGAAGACUACGAUCCUUUCUGGCAAAGGUUGGAGAAUAUUGCUGUCUGAUUAGAGCUAGAGUGCUCCUUUAUCCCCUCUGGGGUCAUGGCCAGCCCUCGGGGGGCACCCAGGGCCAGGCCCACGGACACGGCACCCCCUGGACCCCUCCUGCCUCCUUACGCUGCUGUAGUUGGAGUUUUGCUUCGCCUCGUUGUUUAUUUAGUCGCUGUGCUGUAUAGUUAUGCUGAGCAGCUGUUCUUGAAAAAGGAUGACAAUAAAAUAAAGAAACAAGAUAUGCCAGCAGUUUGUGAUCUCCACUGCUGCAAGGACGUGCCCGUACGAAAUGGCCUUAUUGGGCAGAAGGCCUCUAUCCACCCCGAGAGACUGAAGGAUUUUGGUGAGGAGGAUUACCUGAACGGGGAUGUGAAGACCUGGGAAAUGAAGAUAGUGAGCCGAAAUGAGGAGCUGCUUAGGGAUGCCCUUCCCUGCAUCCCUCAGACAAGCAGUAGGACCAGCCUGGCAAGCUGCAACAAGCUGAUUCGAUUUGAAGACAUUCGUACAGCAGCCUUCAAAAUCCAGAGUGGGGUUCAGAAAACCCCCUGUAUGUAUUCUAGGCUAUCCAAGCAGUAUGGAAUGGACAUCUACCUGAAGAAGGAGUUCCUCCAGUACACGGGGUCUGUGAAGGAACGAGGUGUACUUUACCUCCUGAUGUCAUUGCCUCAGGAGCAGCAGCGGAAGGGGGUGAUCGUGGCGGCGGAGGGCGCCUUCUCGCUGGCGGUGGCGCACCACGGCUCGGCGCUGCGGGUGCCCGUGCUGGCCGUGGCGCCCGCGGGCUCGGCCGCGGGGCGGGCGCCCCGGCGCCUGGCGCAGGAGAACGGCUACCUCUACCUCGAAGAGGAGGACAGUGCUGUGUACCUGUCAGGCCUGGGCACCGUGGGGCUGGAGAUGUACGAGCAGGUGCCAAAGCUGGACGCGGUGGUUUUCCCUGCAGGAGGCCACUGUGGCUUGCUGGCAGGGUCAGCUGCUGCACUCAAACACCUCAACCCACAUAUUUCUGUAAUUGGAGUUGAAUCUGAAAGUUUCCCAGUAUUGCAACAGUCCUUAAAAGCUGGCCACCCUACUGAGGACCAGGCCUGCAACAAUCAUCACUUCUAUGGAGAUGUGAGUGGAGCUUGCUUUGGCAGCAAUUCCUUGCAGCUGACUGGGAAGCUUGUGGAUAAAGUUGUUUCUGUGAGGGAGGAGGACAUCCUCAUCUCCAUGCUGAGGCUGCUGGAGUACGAGCGAGCCACGGUUGAUGCAGAAGGGGCCAUUGCCCUUGCAGCACUGCUGGCAGGGAAGCUGCCUGAGCUGAAGGGUAAAAGAGUGGCAGUUGUUAUAUGCAGUGGAAACCUGGAAUUACAUUUGCUGCAACAGUGCAUAGCUCGUGCCCUGACCCUGGAUAACAGAGUGUGCAGAUUUUCCCUUGUGAUUUCUGACUGCCCAGGAGACAUGUCAAAGCUACUGGAGAUUUUGGCUAGGGAAGAAGCAAGGGUUUUGGAUAUCAAACAAGAACGCACAUUUGUGACGUCUGAGCUCUUCACUGUCGAGGUCAUCUGCACGGUGGAGACCAGAGACAAGAUCCACACAGCCCAGCUGAGGAACGCGCUCUUGGAGCGCUACCCCACGACGGCGUGGACGGAGCGGUGACGGGCACACAGCCUCUGACCAGGACGCUGCAGAGCCCAGCCCUGAGGCUUCACAACAAAUGUUAUCCUUCAAAGCUGAACACCUAGCUAAUAGUUUCAGGAUAUUUAUUUCCUGCUCAAAAUGUAGUCUUUGGGAAAAAAAAAAAAGUGAAACUCAAAACUUUAGUUUAGCUAAGGGAAGCUCUUAGUCUCUGCUGGUGUUGGAAUUCCUCAGUUCAUUAUCAGCUGGCUGCCUGGAUUUUAGCUAGUUUGUAGAAUCCAAACAGGGAGAAGGCAUUUCUCUUUACAUCUGAAUACAGACCUCUCAAAGGUCUUUUGAUUUUGAUGCCCCUUGUUAAAGUAAUGCAGCUCCUUCUGCUGGACUUAGCCACACUACAAGUACAGAAAUUUUCUGUUUCCAAGCCAGAAGCAGUUUUCUGUUUGCUAAAUCUGCUUCAGGAGGUGCACACAUGUGUGUAGGAUUGAACACACUUCUGUUCUGAUCUUUGCUGCCACGUGAGGAGAAAUUAUGAUAAAAGACAAACACAAACAGAAAACCCUUGGAAGAUAAAAGCCAUUAUAAUAUUAUUUUUUUUCCCAAGGGAAAAUGAUCCUAUUUGCAAAAUAAAAUUCCAAGAUAUUUUACAGAAAUUGAAUAAAAGUGUUGAGUAUGCUUAGAGCUCAUGAACAGAUCAUAAAUGUAUUUCUUCCCUCUGCUUUUGGAGACUCAGCACAAAAAGUAGCAACUGGCUUGUGUUUCUAUACAAAAAGGGGUCUCACUACCCAGGUGAAUUUUGUAAUUAGCAUUCCACUGGUUAUCUUAGUCUGUCUAAAACAGACUCUAUCCAUCUCACCUGACAGAUUAAGUACACUGUUAAUAGUGACAUAUAUUUAAAGACCACAUGUUAAUAGGCAAAGGCAGUGCUGGGAGUAGAGGAAGCCUAAGUCUAAGUAAGCACAUGGCUAAUGCAAUUAACAAAGAACACAUUGACCCAAAUACCAUUUUUAUCACUACAGGCAGAGACCAACUAAUAAUAUAACAGAGUGGGAUGGCAAGAAAUGUAAGAGAAGUUCAGACCCUCUUCUGAAUGUGCACACAACACAGUUGUGCCUUUUCAUUUGGGCAGAAUUUAAUUUAAGCUCUGGGAAGACCUUCCAGCACUUUCCAGUACCUAGAGGGGCCUCCAGAAAAGCUGCAUGGGACAAGGGGCAAUGGCUUUAAAAGUGAAAGAGGGUAGAUUUAUAUUCGAUAUUAGGAAGAAAUGCUUUACUGUGAGGGUGAUGAGGCACUGACACAGGUUGCCCAGAAAAGUUAUGGAUGCCCAAUCCCUGGAAGGAUUCAAGGCCUCGUUGGCUGGGGCUUUGGGCAGCCUGAUCUAGUGAACACAACAGGAAGGUUGGAAUUAAAUGGUCUUUGAGGUCCCUUCCAACCCAAACCAUUCUGUGGUUCCAUGAUCCAUCUCUCUCUGUAGCUUAUACAGGCAGGAUGGGAAGAGGAGGGCAGCAUUGUGGCUGUCUCUGCAGUAUUAUUUUUCUGGGAAAUAAUCUGUUUGCUCCUUCUUGUUGGGGUUCACAAAGGAGCAGGAGUACAGAGUCUGACAAAUGGUGGACAAAAAAAAUAGAAGUUUACAGAUUUUGUCUGUUUUUGGAAGGACCAUACUGGUUUGCACAUGGAAUUAAAAAUUACUGAUGCCCCCCAAUGGUUAGUUUUGUUCCCUUCUUGCCAUCCAGAAUGAUGGGUAUAGUCCUUGGUCUGUAAAUCACAGCUGUCUCCUGUCAGACCCAACUCCUUUCUCCAUUCUCAGAAAAGUUUAAUAAAUCUGUAUGGAAAUUGAUGACAGAGUCCAUAUUACAUACUUGCUCCUUCCACUGGAACAAGAAAUGCACCACACCAUCAAAGAGCAGAUCUGGGGAUGAAAACCCACUAUCAGUAAGAGUCUAAUUAUUCUCUCAUGUUUUUUGGCAAAAGUCUCAGGAAAUUUUGAGGAUGUCUCAGAUACCUACACGAGAAGAAAAUGGAGCUUUAUAACCAAAGCUCUCAGUAGUGGCCAACAGGUUCUGCUGUCUGGAUAUUUGGUCUAAAAUGUUGUAUUAUCCUGGGCUUUAUUGUUUUAGAAGCUCAGAGCAUUAACAGCUUCUUUCCAAAUCAGUGGGAACUGCAUUUAGCAAGUGUUCACAAACCUGGGGUGAGAAGAUGUAGCAUAGAGCAACCAAGAAUCAAUGGACUUGAAAUCACUAUAUGAUUUUGGAAAUGUGUUUGGGGAGUGGGGAAAGAAGGUGAUGUCCAGAAGGUGCUUAAAAUGUCAACAUCAUAUUUGCAGUUUGGUUUUAUUUUUAUUGUUUUAAGUAUAAACAUACUUUAAAGUAUUAAUCGUUCUUCAGUAAUAAACACUUUAUAUAUGAAUAUAAUAAUACCAGAGGUGUUUUUCAUUCAUAUUGCCUUUAUUGAAGUCUCAUUGGCUUAAAAGAUAAAAUUAAGAUCUUCCAAGGGAAAAAACAACCUCAAAAUGAGACAUUUAAAUGAAUGUGUGUUUGGAAAGAAUAAUGAAAUACCCGUGCUGCUAACCUUUUCCUUUUUGAAUUAUGAAAUAUAAUAAGAUCUAUGGCAUUUCAAAGACCUAACAAUGUGGUUUUGAAUGUUUUAUUUAAAGAAGUAUUUUUAUAUAGAGUGUUCUAAUGUACCUUGAAAAAUAAGUUUAAUGAUUAUGGAAAAAUUUCACUAAUGGUUAAAUCAGCAAAAUGUAAACCUAAGCAUCGUAUUUAUUUGAAAAAUAAUUAAAAUUCUGCUAUGUCACCUCAGCAAUGAAAGAUUUGUCAUUCUCUUGAUAGCAGCCUCACUUUAAAAAAUCAGAGUUGAUAUUUUUCUUUUGUCUGUCAUUGACAUUGGCUCAAAAUCUGCACCAUUCAUGCACUAAGUUGUCUCCAGAGGCACAAGAUGCCUUGACCCAGGUAGUGCCACUGGAGCUAAGCCACUCUGGGAG